AGCGGAGGAGCCUCGUCGGGCCACUUUUGAGUCGUUAGAGGCGGAUAGGAAGUCCUUCUGCAGCUCCUGCACGGCUCCUGUCACUUCAUUUAGCGGCGCUGCACCGAGGAAAUCACUGGGACUAUGUGAGCAUCAUGCUCGCUGUGAGAUGCCUGCUGUUCGCUGCAGUGUGUGCACGGUGUGUCGUGACAGGUGUGAGGGAAUGGCAGGGAAGGCAGCCUCCGGUUGAAGAGGUUGUUCAGCCUAAGCGGCUCCUGCAGCAGAUCCACUCCCAGGAGGAGCUGCUCCACAACCACCUAGACACCCGGGUCAGAAACGACACAGCGGGACUGCAGCCCAUCCAUCUGGCUCAGAGCAGUUUCUUGGUGGAGGCCUUUGGCACAUCUUUCAUCCUUGACCUGGAACUCAACCACAAUCUCUUGUCAACAGACUAUGUGGAGCGUCACUUUGAUGAGGACGGGCAGCCGUCCCAGAAUAUGGGAGGAGAGCACUGCUAUUACCACGGGCGAGUGCGGGGGCUGCCCAGCUCCUGGGUCGCUCUGUCCACCUGCCAUGGCCUGCAGGGGAUGUUUUCUGACGGGAACUUCUCCUAUGGGAUUGAACCUGUUGACAGUGGAGAGGAGCACAAUGAUCACAUUGUGUAUCGUAUGCCUGACAUUGACCUCCUCCCACCUCCCUGUCCAGGAUGCUCUGUGAACAGAACAGAGCCAGAGGGACAGACAGAUGGCCAUGGUGAAGAAGGCGAUGAGCUGGAAGAGGACAGUGAGGCUCAGGAUGGAGACAACUGGUCUGAGGAGGAGAAACCCAUCUUUACAGAAGGCCUGAAACGCUCAAAAAGAAAUGUGCGGCGAGGCCAGCGCACCGUGCAGACUGAGACCAAGUACAUCGAGCUGAUGGUGGUCAAUGACCAUGAACUGUUUGUCCAGCUCCGUCGCUCGACCACUGUGACGAAGAACUUUGCCAAAGCUGUGGUGAACAUGGCUGAUGCGAUCUAUAAGGAGCAGCUCAACACUCGCAUCGUCCUGGUGGCAAUGGAAACCUGGUCAUCUGAAAACAGGAUCUCCGUGGGCGACGAUGCCUUGCUUACACUACGCGACUUCAUGAAGUUCAGAAAGGAGAGCAUCAAGGAACGCUGCGACGCCGUGCACCUCUUCUCUGGGAGGACGUUCAUGAGCAGUCGCAGCGAGGCAGCGUACAUCGGGGGCAUCUGUUCUCUAACCAGGGGUGGUGGCGUCAAUGAGUAUGGUAGUGUGGGCCCUAUGGCCAUCACGUUGUGUCAGAGCCUUGGCCAGAACAUCGGCAUGCUGAGGAACAAAGAGCGGCCUGCUGCAGGAGACUGCAGGUGUCCAGACCCUUGGUUAGGCUGCAUCAUGGAGGAUACAGGCUACUACCUGCCCAGAAAGUUCUCACGCUGCAGUAUAGACGAGUACCUUCGUUUCCUUCAGCAGGGAGGAGGCAGCUGUCUCUUCAACAAGCCCACCAAGCUGCUAGACCUAUCAGAGUGUGGCAAUGGAUAUGUAGAGGUGGGAGAAGAAUGUGACUGUGGCUCUCUGGUGGAAUGUGCACGGAGUGGAGCCAACUGCUGUAAGAAGUGCACUCUAACCCAUAAUGCCAUGUGCAGCAACGGGCUCUGCUGCAGGGACUGCAAGUACGAGCUGAGAGGGGUGACGUGCCGUGAAGCUGUGAAUGACUGCGACAUUGCUGAGACCUGCAUGGGAGAUACAAGCCAGUGUCCUCAUAAUGUCCACAAACUGGAUGGCUACACGUGUGAUGCUGGCCAGGGUCGCUGCUACGGAGGUCGCUGUAAGACCAGAGAUGGCCAGUGCAGGACUCUGUGGGGCUACAACUCAGCAGACAGAUUCUGCUAUGAAAAGCUCAACUCUGAGGGCACAGAGAAAGGAAACUGUGGUCCAGACUCUAGUGGACAGCGAUGGGUCCAGUGCAACAAACAAGACGUUCUGUGUGGUUUACUGUUGUGCACCAACCUGACAGCCAAGCCGAGGUUUGGCGAACUUCAGGGAAAAGUCACCAGUUUGACCAUCCACCAUCAGAACAGAUACCUGGACUGCAGGGGCGGUCACGCAGUGUUGGAUGACGGCUUGGACCUCGGCUACGUGGAGGACGGGACACCAUGUGGGCCAAACAUGAUGUGUCUCGAGCGCCGCUGCCUCCCUAUGAACACAUUUAACCUCAGCAUCUGCCCGGGCUCCUCACUAUCCCGCAUCUGCUCCCACCACGGGACUUGCAGUAAUGAGGUGAAGUGUAUCUGUGAUCCUGACUACACUGGGAAGGACUGUAGCGUUUUUGACCCCAUCCCCAUCCCCACUCCACCUGAGGGCCCAGAGAAAUACAGAGGUCCCAGUGGUACCAAUAUCAUAAUAGGUUCGGUUGCUGGUGCCAUUCUGGUGGCAGCGAUAGUCCUGGGGGGAACUGGCUGGGGAUUUAAAAACAUCCGAAGAGGAAGAUCUUCGGGAGUUUGAGCCGUCUCUCUCUGCUGUCCUGUCUUCCUUACACUGUGUCCAUUCAGCUCUGAGGAGACAAAACAAAAGAUGUCUUCCACUUGCUCUGCAAAUGGUUACGAGCCCUCAGAUCUUUCCUGUUUUC